AUGUCCGCGCCUGGCCAAUCGGCAGCCAACAACGAAGGCGGCGUUUUAUCUGGGUCGUCGAGCGAUGUCUCCUUGAAUAGCAUCCUGAAUGCUUCUACGGACGAUCAAUGCACUGACUACUCAGACGUGUUUCCUGGGCUGUGGACACAAGAUGAUCAGGAAGCCCUUAAAGAGCUGGGUUGGGAGCCGAGAUCAUACGAUGAGCGAACUACAUGGCAAAGCUAUGUGCCGUAUUGGUCACACCCGCAAUGGGACCCAGAAAUUGAGAUCAAAUCCAGAGGAAGCCUUGCAAGGGCUUCCAGAGGUGAAUCACGAGCCAUCAUGAGGCCUAUGAUACUUCCAGGUGACAGUGACAUACCUCGAACAAGAUAUACUCGCGCUCCUGAUGGAGCGGCGAGGCGGUGGACGCAAGAAGAGUCCAUUCAGUCUUACUGGUUCCGCGGGUUCACGACUCAGGAGACCUCGACAUAUCGCCGUCAGACCUUCCAGCAUCCUGUCUUCACCCACCACCCGGCCUGGAUCAUGUUCUUGCGAGGCAUCUACCAUAUGCGCCCAGUAUCGCAAUCAGCGGACGGGCGCACCGACGCAGAGAAGCAACAUACAGACUACCGCCCAUACCGCGCUUUAUGGCUUGAUAUCGAUGAGUCACAGAUGUACGAUCAAGCCAGGGCAUUAUAUCGUCGAAAUUUCGACGCUGGCAGAGCCACUAUGGGAGUCCUAGAUACGAGUCUACAGUUUUCGAUCGCCGAAAUCGAACCUGAGAGCAACGCUCAGACGACAAUCACCCGAGACGGCCACAUCCAUGUUAUUCUUAGUGCGAACCGCAUUUGGCCCCUUCUUGUGGAUGAGUAUUCCGAGAGCGAAAAAGUUGCUUACCAUGUGAGGAACGCCAUGACGAUACUUCAUGAGUUGGCUCAUGCCUGUAGUUGGGCUCACUAUGGAAUGAUGACGAUCCCUGAUGUUCUCUUGACCAAUAUGCCCGGGGUGGUGUACGAUCAGCAGACACGCACACAUCUGCUCGCACUGCGACGUGAGGCGACGGGCAUGGGUGACAGGAACUACAACGGUCGUCAAUAUUUCUUCCAGGACGAGGUUCAGAUGGAAGAAGGAAGGGCUUUCGAGAACCAGCUCUGGGGGACGUACACCGAAAUGCUCCCAAAUUCUGUCCAAGCCUUUGGGAUAGUCGGCAACAGUCUUCGGAGUGUUCUAUCAGACAAUAAUCCCGCGAGUGGUCCUGGUGUCACAGCCCAAAUCCAGGCUCUAUUACGAGGGGAUCUCCUCGAACUCUACAGACGCUUGGACUACGAGGCUCGAUAUACGCAAUCUAUAGUAGCAGAAUACUUUCUCAAAAAUUCAGACGAUCCCAUGCUGAAUCGCAGAUCCCUAGACAUGCUACUAGGAAUGCUUCGAACCGCUUGCGACGAGGUACGUGUCGUCCUGGAAAGAUUGACAGAGAUGCGGCAAAGCCUGGAAACGGACCCUCUUUCGCGCUUUGCAGACAUUGUGCAAGAGUGCCAGGCCACACACUCCCGGAUCAACUCCGCGUUCGAUGCCAUCAGUGGGGUGGUCAUGAUGCUGCACGGUAACACGUCGCUGGAUAGGUCCGGGCCCAACGGCCGUGGGCCACUCGCGUCAGUUCCAAUUGCUAGGCGCGACAUGCAAGAAAGUAGGAGUUUGGAGAAAGCAGCUUUGGCAGAGUUAAGACUCAUUGGCGACCCGAGAAUCAGGAGACUCUUGAGGACGUGGUUCAACAUUCUGUUAUUCAAUGAUGAUAUCCGGGAAGACGAUGUCGACGGGACAGACGUGGUCGAUGGGCAGUCGUUAGAUGAUUUGAAACGAGCCAGGGAUCGAGAAACAGGCGUUGCAAUGGCGAUCAUAUAUCUCGAUCGACUGGACCAGUUAGAUGCGAACAGGGCCAGUGGGCUGGGCCCCACAGCAGAAGACUUUCAUAUCAAUGCUGAACUGCAGGACGCGAUGGCCAGGCAUCAGGAUGAUACUGGAAUUGCAGAUUUAUUUUCGGAACGUUUUACUUUAGAAGAACAAGAUCGGCUCAGCCGGAGGCCAACUUCUGGUGGGUAG